AUGUUCACUCCCACGCCUUCUCUGGGACGCGCUCUCCGUCGCCUCGCCCUCACCACCAAGCAGGCCGGCAAGGAUUACUACAAGGGUACUGGCUCUGGCUCCAUGGGUCGUCACACCAAGUACGGUGCCUACCGCAUCGACUGGUCAAAGGUCCGCACCUAUGUCGUCCCCGACCUCUCUGAUUUCCAGGUAUGUCUUCGCUCCUCCCUCUGUCAGACUUGUCAUCGUCUAACACCCUGCCAGCUGAAGCCCUUCGUCGCCGAAAACAUCGACACGCCCACAAGGACUCACCAGUUUGCCGGCAAUGUCACCGGAAAAAUGUACCUCGAUGCAUGGAAGAGCCAGGGCGGCGACAUCUAA